AUCUCAUUAUAAUCCUAUUAGCUCCCCAAACAACGCAAUUUAAUUUCAGGAUCAACUACCUAUUGACUGCUUCAAUUGCGAGCCUUUUACAAAGUUCUCCGACCCGGUCUGUACUGCGCGAUAUUUGGUGAUACAAUAAAGAGGGUGACCCCCCACCCCCUCUCCUCUUCUUCUUCUCUACGAUGGAUCUCGUAAACCACCUCGAGGGACGACUCCUCUUCGCCGUUCCAAAGAAGGGCCGUCUCAAUGCCACCGCACUAAACCUCCUCGAAGGAGCCGACAUCCAGUUCCGCCGCGAAAACCGCCUCGACAUCGCGCUCGUCAAGAACCUCCCCAUCGCCCUCGUCUUCCUCCCCGCCGCCGACAUCCCUACAUUCGUCGGAGAGGGUCAGGUUGAUCUCGGUAUCACGGGCUUCGACCAGGUCGCCGAGCACGAUGCGCGCCGCCGCGCUAUAGUCCGCGACCAGGCCGAGUCUGGGAAAUCAACACCCGUGGAGGGCGCCCAGCCGAAGGGCUGCGACCAAAUCCUGGAUCUCGAUUUCGGGGCUUGCAAGCUGCAGGUCCAGGUUCCCGUUAAUGGGAAGUACAGGACGCCUACGGAUCUGAUUGGCAAGAAUAUUGGCACGAGCUUCGUCAGUCUUGCGGCUGAGUAUUUUGCUAAGUUAGAGGCUGAGGCUGAUGCUGCGAAUGGUGAAGCACCGGGCCCUAAGCCGCUCAGGACUAAGAUCAUUGAGUUGAGCGGUAGUGUUGAGGCUGCUUGCGCGCUUGGUGUUGCGGAUGGAAUUGUUGAUCUCGUUGAAUCCGGAGAGACGAUGAAGGCAGCUGGUCUAGAAGCCAUCGACACAGUCGUGUCCACGAAGGCUAUCCUGAUCAAGUCAAAGAACCCUUCCAACAAAGCAAUGGUCGACCUGAUCGCCUCAAGAAUACAAGGUGUUAUUUCCGCAAAACAAUACGUGCUGUGCCAGUACAACGUCGAGCGCAAGAAUCUCGACGCCGUUACCAAAGUCACCCCCGGCCGUCGCGCUGCCACCAUCAACGCGCUGGAAGAGGAGGGCUGGGUCGCCGUGAGCUCGAUGGUGGAGAAAAAUAGGAUUGCGACGGUGAUGGAUGAGCUGGCGAGCCUUGGAGCGGAGGACAUCCUGGUACUGGGUAUCUUGAACACACGUACGUAGUGGGGUAGUGUUGUUAAAAGCCAUUUGUGAAGUAUUGGUAGGACGCAUAACUGUUGAAGUCAGUCUAAAUACAAAAAGUUGACCUAUUGGCAUCAGUCGGAUUAAUCCAAUCACACAUUUAUCAUAGUCUAAGUCUUAAUGGCGGGUAUUGUGUAAUGGGGGUAGUGGGGUUGGGUCCGCCCCAUCGAAAUACCACCAC